UGUCUCCAAAAUAUUCUCCCCGUCCCUGAUACCGACAGUAAACUAGGUUGAGCUAUUAAGCCUAGAAAAACACCGCAUCGGCCGCUACCUCCUCCGCCGCUGCUGCGCCUAGUCAACUGCAUAUUGCUUGCUUCGUUCCGUAACAGCGCAGACGAUCUACCACAAUACAGUAAGGAAGAAGGAGAGAGAAGAAGAAAACAAACGACGACAAAGAAAAAGAACAAGAGAAGGGCAUAAUUAGGUAUUGGUAAUUAUGGCAAUAGCGGCUCCAGGGCAGCUGAACAUCAUCGAAUCCCCUUCCUGGGGUUCCAGAAGCGUCGACUGUUUCGAGAAACUCGAACAGAUUGGCGAAGGAACCUAUGGUCAAGUUUACAUGGCCAGAGAAAUCAAAACUGGAGAAAUUGUUGCUCUGAAAAAAAUACGGAUGGACAAUGAAAGAGAGGGGUUCCCUAUAACUGCCAUACGUGAAAUUAAAAUUUUAAAGAAGCUGCAUCAUGAAAAUGUGAUUAAGUUGAAAGAGAUCGUAACAUCCCCAGGUGCUGAAAAGGAUGAGCAAGGGAGGCCAGAUGGCAAUAAGUACAAAGGUGGCAUCUACAUGGUUUUUGAAUAUAUGGACCAUGAUUUGACAGGUCUUGCAGACCGUCCUGGGAUGAGAUUUUCAGUUGCACAGAUUAAGUGCUAUAUGAGACAGCUUUUGACGGGGCUUCACUAUUGUCAUGUAAACCAAGUACUUCACCGUGAUAUAAAGGGUUCUAAUCUUCUGAUAGACAAUGAGGGAAAUUUAAAGCUUGCAGAUUUUGGUCUUGCCCGUUCAUUCUCAAAUGAUCAUAAUGGCAAUCUCACAAACCGUGUAAUUACAUUAUGGUACAGACCUCCUGAAUUGUUGCUUGGGACCACAAAGUAUGGUCCAGCUGUUGAUAUGUGGUCAGUUGGCUGUAUCUUUGCGGAGCUCCUUCAUGGGAAGCCGAUCUUUCCUGGUAAAGAUGAGCCUGAACAAUUGAACAAGAUCUUUGACAUAUGCGGAGCUCCUGAGGAGUCUAACUGGCCUGGGGUCUCUAAGAUUCCUUGGUAUAACAAUUUCAAGCCAACAAGGCAAUUGAAGAGGCGUCUUAGAGAGGUCUACAAACACUUUGAUAGGCAUGCUUUGGAAUUGCUCGAUAGAAUGCUGACUCUUGAUCCAUCUCAGAGAAUAUCGGCCAAGGAUGCACUCGAUGCCGAAUAUUUUUGGACCGAUCCAUUACCCUGUGAUCCCAAGAGUUUGCCAAAGUACGAAUCUUCCCACGAGUUCCAAACCAAGAAAAAGCGACAGCAGCAGCGGCAACACGAAGAAACCGCUAAACGCCAGAAGCUACAGCACCAACAGCAACACAACCGACUUCCACCUAUUCAGCAGACGGGUCAAGGACACGCCCAAAUGCGUCCCGGGCCGAACCAGCAACCCCCAGUUGCCGCAGGACCCAGCCACCACUAUGCGAAGCCCCGGCCCUCUGGUGGGCCCAGCCGUUAUCCCCAAGGUGGAAAUCCAGUGGCGAGCGGGGGAUACAGCCACGCAAAUCGCAGUCAAGGAGGAGGAGGAUAUGGUGGUAGUGGGGCUUAUCCCCCACAAGGACGCGGGGCCCCACCGUAUGGUUCUAGUGGUGGUCCCAGUGGUGGGCCCCGAGGAGGGGUUGGUGGGUAUGGAGUUGGUGCUCCGAAUUAUCCACAAGGGGGUGGUCAGUAUGGGAGUUCGGGUACAGGUCGUGGGAACCGGAAUCAACAGUACGGUUGGCAGCAAUGAUGGAAUCUGUACGCGAGUGUUUUUAUUUUUAUUUUUGACGAUGAGGUUGAUGGAGCAAUAACGCAGCAACCACAAAAAAUGAAAAGGAAAAAAAAAAAGGUUAUUUAAGAGGAGGCUGUUAGGCAUGUAAGCUAUUAUCAUAGGUGUGGAAGCUUGGUGUAGGCGAGAAAGAUAUAUGAGCUGAUGAUUAUCUGUGUGCAAGGUUGAUCCUGAUAAAGAUUAUUUGGCUUGCUGAUUUUGCAUAAUUCAUAUUCUUCUUCAUUUGCUGUCUGAAGGCACCUUAUAGUAUGUACCUACCUUAUUCAUGGUUUGUAAGGAUAAUGGAACUGGGCCUUGUGACAUAAAUACUCAUGUUCUUUUUUUAAAUGAAAUUGUUGCCACUGUGAUUGACUUGCUUA